UACGCCCGUAUUCGAGCGUAAUCGUAUUUUCAAAAAAAUGGCGCGUGCACAGCGCCAUCUGGGAACGCGCUUGAUUGGACGAGGAAAAAAUCCGCGAAGUCGCACGACGCAUAAAUCUGCUCCGCAUUGCGUCAAUGAAACAUGAAGAUUCGUUAACGAAUGUGCCUUGAAAUAAGUGGUUAAACGAAAGUGACGUUUAAAAAAGUUGGCGCGACUUGGAAAUUGGAAGGCGUUUUCAAUUAAAACCGAACUAACGUAACCUUAUAACAUAGUAGGUUUAUGCUUCUCGAGAUGGCUAGGGGUCACUAGCCUCUCAUACCGUACAGAUCGCGGGUUCCUUUUUUUUCGGUCGGUAGGUACGCUGUCGUACUUAUUUCUUUAUUAGAAAUCGUACCGUGUGACAUUGACUUUAACGUGUUCAUCGUCGUUACUUUGUCAUCAUUAUUUAGUACUUUUACGAAUAAUUGUCGUAACACCAGUCUCAGCCGUGUACGUGAUAAUAACAAUUGUCGUAUCGACGAGUUGAAAAAAAAUACGAGCUCUUCUCGGUUGACACCGAAGCGACAUCGCGAUUGACACGUCAAACGUUUUGAGAGACUUCGCCGUAUGAAAUAUCGUUUAACCCUUUCCAUGUAAUCUACCUUUCCGUACCUCGCCUCCCGCCCGCCCCACCUCCCAUCCCCCACCUAUCCCAUUAUCCUUUUCCUCCUCCUCCUCCUCCUCAUUUUCCUCCUCUUCCUCUUCCAUCUCCUCGUUACUCCGUUCUCUUUGACACUCUCUAUCUUCGUCUCAUUCAGACGUUUCAUUGUUGUCACAUUGAUUGAAUUAUCGUUUCCCUUCUUUCCACUCUCACACGCGCUAACUUUAUAUAUUUCCUUUUUCUUCUUCUCGUGGGUAAGCAUAAUAAAGUGAGGUUAUGUAUCUACGACGGGCUCAGCAACGUCGUAGCGCGGUGAUUUUCUUAACCGGCAAGAGAGAGAAAUAAAUGACGCAGAUCUUUCAUAAGUGUGUGCGAGGAUGGUGAAAAAUAAGACGAUGGGACCGUUUGCGUAAAUAAAACAGAGAGAGAGAGAGAGAGAGAGAGAGAGAGAGAGAGAGUGCGAGAGGGAGAAGAGAGAGAGAGAGAGAGAGAGAGAGAGAGUGUGUGUGUAUGUGUAUAUUCCGAUUGAAAUAAUUACGUGUCAUUGAUAUCGGAGUACAUCUAACCUUUUGAUGAAGUCGAUAAGUCGUUAAAGAGAGAGGCAAUAUGCUGUGGGAUAUGUGAAGGAGCCCUUGGAAUCUUACAUAUUCGAUAUGAUAUGUAUCUACCAGUGAGCAAAGUAGCUGCAGGCAGCUUAUAGUUCCAUAAAAUGACCAAAGAUGUCCUUACGAUAAUGAUACCGUACAUUUAGAAUGUACAAGUUUGUUUAUAUUAUAUUCGUGGAAUAAAAUGUCUCAGGUAGAGAAAAGAAUUUAAAUUUAUUUACAUUAAAAUGGCAGAAAUUAGUACAGAGGAUACCGAAAACAUUAGGAAAAUAAUUGGCGUUGAGGAAGCUAUAAAUGAAAACGCUAUGUGUUUAAAGAAUAAAGAAACAAAGUCUAAGGAAGAAGAGCCAGGACAAAUUUCAUCUUUAGAAGAAAAUGAUAAUAAUGACAAAUCUUCAAAUUCCACUGAUGCAUUCCCAUCGCUUAUAAAAUGCAGCGAAGAUAUCACCUUGAAAAAUACAAAAGAUAAUUCUUGCAUACCAUGUUCCGCCAAUGACAAUACGUUAAAGAUUGACAAUUCAACAAAUAAAUUUAGCAAUGUAAAGGACGUUGAAAAUAUUGACCGGGAGAAAAUACAAGAAAAUAAUUCUGAAAAUGAAAAUAGUAAUGUUAUAAUGAUAUCUGAAGAAAUUGAAAAAUUGAAUAAAGAUGAAGAGACAGAUUGUAAGGACGAAAAUUACACGGAUACGGAAGGAUCGACCGAUCGUUUGGAAAUUGUAAUGAGCGAUGCGAAUGACGAAAAGGUGCUUGAAAAUGUAGAGAUAAGGAAAGAGAUUAAUAAGGAUAAUUUUAACACCGACGAGGAGCUUUCCUUGGAAGAAGAAUCGCGAGAAUUAAAAAAAAAAUCGAUCGAAAAGAAAACAUCCGUAAAGAUCGACGAAGAAUCAGAAGUUGGAAUAGUUGGUCCACCGACCGCGGUUAGUGAUCUUAUAAACGAGGAGGAACUCCAUGGAGAAUCUACUUUAUCGACGGAGAAAAAGGUUAAGGAUCAUGUUGCCGAAUGGGUUCAAAAAUCUGUCGCUACGGAAGCUUUAAUUACCGGCGAAAUCGAAGAAGAAGAAAAUGAAAUUCCAAUUAAUUGUCGACGAAGAAGAAGGAAUCUCAGAGAUAGGCGAAGUAGAAAGAGAGAAAAUGAAGAUCUUCCUUCGGUGUCCAGCAGAAAAUCCCAAAGGAUCGUUAGUAACAUCAUAAAACGAAGUAUCAAAUGGCUUUCAUCUUCGGUAUCCUGGUAACGCAAGUGUGACGUCAUCACGUGAUCCAGGUCUCAGCCGGUUACCAUCCGUUACCAUCGCGCGCACCACCACCACCACCUAGUACCGCCUCUCUCGAGCGUACCUUCUAACCCUCUAUAUGUAUCUCCGCCACCCUCUCUGACGAUCCCCUUUCGCAAUUCCGCCGCCCUCCAACCGGACUCUGACCCCUCUUGCGCCAUCACGUUCGUUGCUAUAACGAGAGGAAGAAAGAGCAGGUUCCAAACGAGAAACGAGUCGAUGAAAUAACUAUGAGACCAGAGAGAAAGUGGAUGGAUGGAUGGAUGGAUGGAUGGAUGGAUGGAUGGAUGGAUGGAUCUACUCCCAUCGGAAAUAUCCAACUGUGUAUUAUGAAUCAAAUGAUAAUGGUUGUCGAUGUGACAAAAUUAAUAACGUAAUAUCGAUUAAAUAACAAAAAGGAAUAUUGCAUGUAAUAUCCUUCGAAAUCGAUCAUUUUCAUAUAACAAGAGUGAAUCAAAUCUUGGGAAGUUUCUUAUGCAACAAUUUUGUAUAAUACCACAAAGUCUCCGAUACCACGCGAAGUAGAAAGGUCCAAAUCGAAAUUAGAAAUGCGACAUGCGAAGACUAACAUUGGAUUCGUACGUAUCGUUACUAAAAUUAGAUAUCCCGAGGACGAAUAACGCGUGUAUUUAGUCUGGAAUCGAGUUCAAUCGAAAGGUGGAAAAGAUUUACGGAAUUAGAAUCUAGUGCUUUUAUAUUUUAUUUAACAUUGAACAGUAUAUAGCUAUAUAUAGCUAUAUAAAUGUACGUACAUACGUAUGUAUGUAUAAAUAUAUAUAUAUAUAUAUGUGUAUA